AUGAAACAAGCAAAGAAUCAUUAUCUCGGGUUUGAUAUUACUAGCACCGAAGAAGCGAUAAAAAUUUUUCGUAGUCCGAUUCCUUACCAACCAAAAGUAAACUUAUUGCCGAUUUUCCCCCAUAAACAUAAGGACACCCAAGAACAAUUUGGACGAAGAGCUCACCAACGUUUGAUUGAAAUUCCUAAUCCUAAUUCGGAAGACUCGUGUAACCUGAAAAGUUUGUCACGGUGUCCGGAAAGUUGGGUCGGUGAUCGACCCGGAAUAAGUGGCGCAUGCUCAAUAAACAAAUACGCAGCAACAUCCGCUUUAACAAAGUGCGGCGUUCCAAAGAAUAGACUUCGCUAUAGGAAAUUACUUAUAGCACUUAUAAUGCACCAGUUUUAG